AUAGCCAUGCGCCUCCUAACUACCCUUUCAUGGGUUGCACAAGGCACCCUUGCCUCUACAAUUACCUUGCAACAAUGGAAUGUCAUAUCCUCUGCCAACGUCGUUGAUGACCCCACCAGACUCUCUCAAUCCGGCAUCGACACUUCAUCAUGGUAUUCCAUCGGACCCGCUGCCACACUCAUGAACACACUUCUCAGCAAUGCGGUGUACAACGACACCGACUUGUUUUAUUCGACCAAUAUGCAAAAGAUAGACACUGCGCUAUUUCGAAUCCCAUGGUACUACCGAACUGACAAAGUCGUGAUCGCCGAGAAGACUCCCGCGGACUACUACACAUUAAUCACCAAUGGCAUCACCUCAAGAGCGGACAUUUGGGUCAACGGGCAACUUAUUGCAAACAAGGAAACGCAGGCUGGGUCGUAUGCUGGGAUAGAGUACGAUAUAUCUAACCUCAUCCAGCCCAAUGGUGCGCAAAACGUAGUCCUGGUGAAAGUGUAUCCUACAGAUUACAACCGAGACUUUGCUAUUUCCUUCUUAGACUGGAACCCUGCUCCCCAAGACAAUGGAACCGGCAUAUGGCGACCAUUUCAACUGAAAAGGUCAGGCCAGGUAAGACUAACUACACCGAGGGUCACCGCACACGCCGCGCUCGAUGGAGGUCUUGAUAUCUUUGUGGACGUCAAGAACAUGGCAAAGGACGGCGAUGUUGAGGGCAAUGUUGCGUGUACAGUCUUCGACCCUAAUAAACUCGCAAUCUUGAGCGCAACGUCGAACUUCAAGCUCACUAGCAGUCAGCAAUCUACCAUCUCUUUCAGGGGGAAAGUAGACAAACCUCAGGUUUGGUGGCCUUACCAAUGGGGCAGCCAGCCGUUAUACAGCAUUCAAUGCACCGCUUCGACCUCGACCAAUCCUAUUUCCGACUCUACACCACCAACCAACUUCGGUAUCCGCACGGUAACUUCUUCUUUGAACCCACGCUUCAAUGAUACCACGUUCUUUGUCAACGGCCAUCGAUUCCAAGCUCAGGGUGCGGGCUACACGUCUGAUAUUUACCUAAGAUUUGACCUAGAACAGACCAAAAGACAAUUCCAAUUGGUCAAAGAUAUGGGUCUAAACACUAUCCGCUCGGAAGGAAAGCAGGAACACCCGGAAUUCUACGAUCUAGCCGACCAAAUGGGCAUCAUGAUUCUUGCUGGCUGGGAAUGCUGCAACAAAUGGGAGGGAUGGACUUACAACGACAUUGGCAGUGGAGAAAAAUGGACUGAUCUUGACUACCCAAUUGCGGCGCGAUCGAUAAAGCACGAAGCUGAGAUGAUGCGGCAUCAUCCAAGCAUGUUGGGCUUCCUGAUUGGAAGUGACUUUUGGCCGAACGACAGAGCAACACAUAUCUACCUCGAUGCUCUCAGUGCUGUAAACUGGGACAUCCCAAUUCUAGCAUCCGCAAUUCAGUGGGGAGCACCAGCACAACUCAAUAACAGUGGAUUGAAGAUGCAAGGUCCAUAUGACUGGGAGCCUCCCAACUAUUGGUACGAUCCUCAACGUCGCUACGGCAGUGCAGCAGGAUUCGGCUCUGAGCUGAGUGCAGGAGCAGGCACACCUGAGCUUAAUUCCCUAGUGAGAUUCCUCUCGCCAUCUGACCUGGAAGAUCUCUGGAAAGAACCAAAGAAAGGCCUUUACCACAUGGCGACAGAAGGCUCAGUUUUCCACACGCGCGAAAUCUACAACACCGGUCUUUGGGCACGCUACGGCGCCCCAUCAAGCCUAUCCGACUACGUCCUCAAAGCGCAAAUGAUGGACUACGAAGCAACACGCGCCCAAUUCGAGUCUCUGAUCAGUACUUGGAACGAAGCCCUCGAGAGACCCGCAACAGGCAUGAUAUACUGGAUGCUCAACAACGCCUGGCCCUCUCUCCAUUGGAACCUCUUCGACUACUAUCUCCGCCCAGCAGGCGCCUACUUCGGCACCAAAGACGCCCUUAGUACACCCGAAACCCUCACUCUCAACUACGAAACCCAAGCUGUAUCCCUCGUCAACCGCCUCCUAAUCCCCAACACCCCCGGAUAUAUCUCCGACCAACGCAUCAUAAGCAUGCAAAUCGUAUCCCUAAACGGCACAACUAUAGCCAACCAAACCACCGCUGCAAUUACGAGACCUAACUCCGCACACGAAAUAGCCAAACUUCCCGCUUGGCAAGAUAAAACCUCUGAUUCUGUCGUCCUAGUUCGCUUGCGGCUUAACAAUAGAAAUAGUACUCUAGUAAAGAAAACAUACUGGCUCUCGCACACACCCGACACCCUAGACUGGGGCAAGUCAGAUUGGUACUACACCCCUGUAGCCAAAUACGAGGAUUAUUCCGCUUUAUCGCGUAUCCCCGCCGCCGACAUCACUGUUUCCAUCGCCCCUUCUUACCCCGGGAAAAACUUAUUAGCGCGUCUGGUGUUGAGGAAUACUGGGACAGUGCCCGCGGUGUUUGUACGGUUGAACAUCGUUGAUGCGGCGGGAAGGGAUGUCGGAUCGCUGCUGUGGAGUAAGAAUUACUUUACGCUUUUGCCUGGGGAAGAGGAGAUUGUGGAGGUUGCAGGGGGAGAAGGGGAGGGUGCGAGGGUGCUGGUUGUUGACGGGAGGAAUGUUGGGGAGAGGAGGGUUGUGCUGGGGUAUUGA